AUGUGCCGUGAUGGGCUCCAGCGCUGGUUCAUCUGCCGCUCAAAAAUCUCACGCGAGCGAACGGCGUCAAUCAUCAACCGCGAGGAUUGGGACCUUGAAAUCCACGAACUCUCAUGUAGAGAGCUCGGCUCUGCUACAAGAAAGCAGGCUCGCCCUACACAGAGAAAUUCUGAGGUAGAGGAGCAGGAGUUUUGCAAAAUGGCUAUGGCUGCCUCACUGUGGCGCUGGCGCUGCCUCGCUGUCGCUGUCGCUGUCGCUGUCGCUGUCGCUGUCGCUGUCGCUGUCGCUGUCGCUGUCGCUGUCACUCGCAGGCUGUCACCAGCUGUCGUUGCUGCUGUCGUUGCUGCUGUCGUUUCGCAGCCGCUGUCACGACAUAUUGACCACGUCGCGACCGUUAACAGCCGGUUUAACCGGUUUGCGAGAUUAUUGUACGUGGCCACGAACAUCCCGGAGUCUGCUUGUUUCGCCGCGCACGAACUUGUUUCGCCGGGAACAAGUAACGGCAUCCCUCACAAGAAGAUGGGCGAGCCCGAGAGGGUGCGCGUUGUGGCAUAUCAGAACCACCUCGACCGGACGCCGCUUCCACACGGCGCCAACCGGAACGACCUCUUCAUCUCAGGCUGCAAAGUCUCGCAGCCAACCGGCUCCGGCUCUGGCUCUGAGGACCGCGACUUUACGUUUGACGCCGCGUUCGGGCCAGAGACUGUGCCAGUCUCGGUGGUGCGGUCUGAGGUGCCGCUAGCGGUGGACGCAUUUCUCGACGGCAUCAACGCGGUGCUGCUCGUCCUUGGCGCGAGCGGCUCAGGCAAAGACGAGCUGCUUGCCGGCACGCCCGCCACGGGUGGCGCUGAGCGGUGGGAGGGGCUGGUGGAACACCUAAUCAGGUCGGUGUACGCAGCUCUGCGAGAGUCGGGCGAGGGCGGCGUAGCGAGCGGCGCGGCGCGGCUGCAGCUCCAAUUCCUGCACAUCGACUCUGAGCGCGUGCAGGACUUGCUGGAGCCAGACUGCCACUCGCACAACCUGCAGCUGGCGGAUGAUGACGAGGCAGGCACUCUUGUACGCGAGGCGCGGCCCGAGUUGCUGAAGGGGGAGGCCCAUGCCAUCAGCCUCUACCGCCGAGGGGUCCAGUCGGAACAGAGGUCCCCGCCCUGCGGUCAAACUUAUGGGUUAUGGGAGUAA